AUGAUUUCGGCCGAGGAGAAGCAACUGCACAAGCUCAUCCUCGAGGAUUUUCUCAAUGAGUGGCUCACCUCCGACCCCAACCGCUUGCCCAGCAUCCGGAAGGCCAAGUGUAUGUUGGGAAUGGUGAAGCAGGGAGCGGACAGCACAGAGAUGGCGGGAGUGGGCGAACGGGGAAGCGGCAGUGAUGCGUACGGCUGCUUGCCACGGACUCUUCUUGAGCAAGCGGUCGAAAGGAUCCCUCAGAUCAUGUCUUUGAAGGCUAUGAUCCGUGCUGUUGCAGAGGAAGCUACAGGUCCGGACGGCCUCGAUGACAUGAUUGAGAAUGCCUACGAGAAUGCAGUGGGUGCUGAGGAUACAGGCUCCAGCUAUAUGUCCAUGUCUCCGGGCAAGCUCUGCGAGGCGCUUGCGAAAUCUGCAUAA